CCGGUGCAAUGAGGCUGUAGAAGCUGCAGCAGCAACAGGUUAUGAAGGGCAAAGAAAGCAAGAAAGCGAGCGAGUAAGCAAAGCAAGCGAGCACAGCCUCCUCUCCUGGCUCUAUUCAUCUGCUGCUGCUGCUGCUGGAGGGGGAGGCCGGUCCAGGCUUGGCCCCCUCCCCUCUUCGCUCCUGAUGGGGUUUGCACGGCUGUAGCGGAGAUGAGCUGAUUUGCAGAGGAUUGUCAAGAUGGCUUCUACAAACACCAGGAACAGCUUGUACAAUGAAGAGAGAAAUUUGCUCCGCAUCCAAGCAAAAGAGAGGAGGAAUCAGGAAGCUCUCCAGGAGAAAGAAUCAUUCCCUGCUGAUAUCCCUCUCUUUGGAGAACCUUACAAGAACAACAAAGCAGAUGAGCUAUCCAGCCGGAUUCAGAAGAUGUUUGGCAAUUACGAAGAGAUGAAGGAGCUUAUCGCCAUCAAGUCUCAGCAAGAUUUCAUAGGGGUCCCCACAAGCGUCAUGUCUCUGAUCCCUCAGCGCAAGCCAGAUCGUCCACUCUUGCCUGAAAAGACCAGCAGUGUGGUACCCGCCUCAUUCCAGAAUGGUAGCCAUCACCGCAAGCCCUUGGGACCCAUUGCUUCGGGUGCUCCGUCUGCGGGCAACUCUCUGCACCACCAAAAAAUUCACUCAAGGAUAGAACUGGCCUCACAAAGCGGUGGGCUGCCCAGCAACCAGAGGCGAAGUCAGGAGCAGACCCGCAAGACUCAAGAAGUCCAGAACAGCAGAAGCCAGAAGAAGAAUGAAAGAUGCAUUGAAGAAGCCCGCAAGCUGCAGCCCUCCCUUUUGGAACUUUCUCCCUUGCUGUCCUCGCUGUCUUCCCCUGUAGCUCCCUUGUCGCCUCUACAUUCCAGCCAACGUGUCAAUUCCAGGUCUCUCGGCAGCAUCAACAAAAACCACGGGCAGAAUAGCUCCCCUUCUCUGGAGCUGGUGGCUGGAACACGUGAGAAUGAAACCCAGGACAGCUUGAGUGCUCCUGUAGCCGUUGCUGCCCAGCCUUCCUCCCAGACUUUCCCCGGAUCGUUGUCAUCAAAAACCAGUGCAAUACAGCAGAAACCGACUGCCUACGUGAGGCCAAUGGAUGGUCAAGAUCAAGCUCCGGACGAGUCGCCGGAGCUCAAGCCACUUCCGGAGGAAUACCACGAACAGUCCUACGGGAAAAUAGCAAACGUGAAAACAAACGUCAAGCCCAAUUUGCCCAGCUUGCCCAAAUUGAAAAUACCUGUUGAAGCGACUGAGCAAUCGUUCUCCAAUGAAGUCCAUUGUGUUGAAGAAAUUUUAAAGGAAAUGACCCAUUCAUGGCCACCUCCUUUGACAGCCAUCCAUACUCCUAGCACAGCUGAGCCUUCAAAGUUUCCUUUCCCUGCAAAGGAAACCCAGCAUGGUGGAUCAGUCUUACAGAGCCAGAAGCAGUAUGAUGCACCUUCUAAGACGUCUAUUUCUCAGCAAGGAAAAUCAAUGCUACAUGAAGACCUUGAGAUCAGCGAUAGUGACGAGGGUGACGAUGACCAAGUCAGUGUUUCUGAUAAGCCGUCUUCCUCAUCCACUCCUCCAAGUGCCCCACAAUCACAGCCUGAGAGUGUGGCAUUGGCACAUUCCAGCAGUCCAGAGUCUGGGAGCACAAGCGACUCGGACAGUUCCUCUGACUCUGAGAGUGAGAGCAGCUCCAGUGAAAGUGAAGCAAAUGAUCCCCCAACAAGAGCAUCCACACCUGAGCCCGAUCCACAGACAUCCAACAGAUGGCAGCUGAACAACUGGCUGAUCAAGGUGAACCAGCCGGUGUCUCCCACCGAGAAUUUCCUUCAGGAUGACCGCAGCAGGGGGAGUCUCCAGGAAGACAAGGGGCAAGGGAAAACUUGCAGCGGCGGCAGCAGCAAAAGGGAAUGCUCACAGCCGACAGAUGGACACUCGAAAACUGCCAGCAAAGCACCCCGGUCAGCUCAAGAGGUACACCUCCCUACCAAGCGCAGCUACCAGAAGUCUCCGGUGCACACAGAGGAACCCCAGUUCCACCAGGUCGUGGGCAGUAAGCAGCCCAGGAAGUCCAGCAAAGUCGCGGCACCGGAGGAACCGAAGCGAGGCCUGACGGUAGAGAGUGAGCCGCCCGGUCUGUAUGGGGCGAAGGACCAGUCUUCCAAAGACAAGCCCAAGGUGAAAACGAAAGGGCGGCUGAAGUUUGGCGACAAGAAGGAACUGAAGCUGGCAGUGCCGGAGCCGGCCGAGAAGAAAAAGCACAAGAGCUUGCACCAGGCCACUGUUAAAUUGUUCUCGGACCGGGGUGCUGCAAAAGACAGUGCGGCUGGCAGCGCCCUGGAGCUGUUGCCCCUCAGCCCUUUGAGCCAGAGCCCCAGGGUUUCCGCCACCAGCAGAACUAGCGGCACGAAACCAGCUGUUGUGGUAAGAGAGGACAAGGACAAGUUUCUCUUGCCUAUCAGGGAUAAGAAGUUGCUGUCGCCCUUGAGGGAUUGCCCGGUCCCUCCCUCACUUGUGGUUAAAAUUGAGCUUGCUCUCCUCUCGCGGGUCCCACAUCCACCCCGGAAGGGGGGGGACUGUCCCAAAAGACUGGAGGCCAGAGAGAGCCACAGCUUGAAGAAGCAGGAUGCAGACAAGAGGAGACAAGAGGACGCGCCAAGCAAGUCUGUCAAAAAGAGAAAGCAGGAAGAUUCUCUGAGAAACGAUCAGAAAAAAGUCAAGAUGGAUAGAGAAACCAAAUUACCCCCGUUGUCAGGUCACAAAGACUCCAGUAAAAACAAAUUAAAUCUGAGGCACCUAGUAGAUCCCAAGGCUUGCUGGAUUUCAAAGCCAUCAGUAGAGAGACAAACACAAGAGAUGCCACUGCCGCCGCCGCUGCCGCCACCGCCACCGCCGCCGCCACCACCGUUGUCUCCUGCGCAGAAACCAGCCAAGAUGGCCCAGAAGAGGCCAAAGAAUGAAAGCGGUGCCUGCAGCCAGCCUCCUGGUCUCAGUAUCAGCACUGCCAAGAGCAAGGAAAGCCACAAGGAUUCUUCAUCCUCCAAGCACAGGAAACUGGAGGGGAAGCCUUCCGAAAGCUCAAAAAGCAACAAAAGAUCUGCAGAUGAUGUUCCAAAUCCUUUCCCAGUGCCUUCUUUGCCAAAUGGUACCUCCAAGCCAACGAAACCUCAGGGCAAGCCGCACAAACAACAUCCAGUGGAAUUUCACUUAAACGAGGCCAAAAGGUUGAGGCACAAAGCCGACGCAAUGACAGAUGACAUUGGAAAGGCCUUCAAGUACUUGGACGCAGCCCUAUCCUUGAUUGAGUGUGGCAUUGCCAUGGAAUCUGAUCCCCUCUCACCAAAGCCAGCCUAUAGCAUGUUCGCAGAGACCAUAGACCUCAUCAAAUUCAUAAUGACAUUAAAAUACUUUGCGGACUCUUCAACAAACACGCAUGAAAAAAUCUUCAUUGUUUUUUGCAUGCGCUGCCAAGCCAUUCUGUACAUGGCAAUGUUUCGCUACAAGAAGGACACAGCAAUAAAGUAUUCCCGGACCCUUAUUGAACACUUCAAGAGUUCUUCUAGAAUUACACAAGCACCUUCUCCGUGUGUUGCCAGGAGUAUAGGCACACCGUCCCCUCUUUCCCCUAUGCCCUCUCCAGCCGGCUCUGUGAGCUCCCAGACAGGUUCCAGCGCCAGCAGCUGUGGAAGUGGAAGCAUUGGCUCCUCGGUCAACGUUCCUCACUUUAUCCCAACCAUCACUUCUUCCUUUGUUGGCAUCACUUCCUAUAUUCUCUAUGCCUACGAUUUCUGGGAACAAGCUGAUGUUUUGGCCAGGAAGAAUAAGAAGUUUUUCUCCGAGCUCAGUGCUGCCGCCUGCCCUCUCUCGCUGAACAGCACUAUGAUCGAACUGGUACACUACACCCGCCAGGGUUUGCAGUGGCUGAGACUGCAACCAAGUACGCCUUAACUGGUGCUUCGAGGCGAGAGACCCUUGCCUUGGACUCUUUGCACUUUGAAAAGCCUCCAGAAACAGCCUGGUUGGCUGGCUUGUAGGGAUUUAUAAGCACCUGGAACAAGGAUGGAUGGAGCUUGGUGGUAGGGGAUCUGGCGCCACUGGAAAACUUUAAGGACUAUAUUUGCUACGGUGCCAAUAGGCCACCUGGAAGAUAAGAAGUGGAGAAGAGGCCUCAAAAGUGGAGGGUGCCUUUCUUUCUUUCUUUUUUUCAAAGGACAAAGUGCAAUGUUCUCUUUUUCAUUUCUCUUUUUCCCGUCAUGGUUCAAUGUGUCAAUGGUCUAUAAACAUUUCGUUACAUGAAUAACCAGCAGGACAAAAAACGGAAAAAAAACGUACACACAUGAAGAAGUGCCGGUGAGAAGGAAAACCGUCUCCCAAAGAAUUUUCUGCAACACCUCAAAGGAUGCAACGUCCAUGGGCCCAGCAUAGGCUUCAGAUUUGUUUGCCUCUCUUCUCCCCCCCCCCUUUCUUUUAAAUGUAAACCACAAAAUGCAAUCUGUAGCAUGUAUUCUUGUUCCUGGAGGGCGGGAUGGACAGAGACUCACAAAGGAAGCAGGGUUAUCCAGCAGCAAGACCCCACUUUCGUCUAAAUACAAAAUGGCAAAGCUAUCUUCCUCCUUCCCUCUCUCUCUCCACUUGCCAGCCGUAGCUAUUUGUUGCACUACUACCCUUUCCCCCCCCCUUUGAUGGGUGGGCUUGUAGCUCGUGUCAGGCAUACCCAGAUUCUGUAGCUGGCCUGCUCAGCCCCUGCCUCUUCCCUGGUUUCCUUUCUACCUGUGCUGACAGCAGUGUGCCAGUCCCAGCUGUCGUGGUUUUGUGGUAUUGCGGCCAUGCGUGUGGGGCAUUGACAAUCUUGUAUGGGAAACAGGAAAUCCGGGACUGCGUUGUCAGAAGCCUCUUGUGAAUAGAGGAUGCACAGUGUAGGUAUGUUUACCCCCUCCCUAUGGGGUGGCAAGGUGGGGGUGGGUGGGCUGGUUUCCCCUCCCCUACAAAUUUAGUUGAGCAAUACUGCACUAAUGAAUUGAACUGGAAUUGCUUGCAACCACUGUCUUCAGUACUUUAAAAAACGCCGUUCUUUCAGUUCCCCUGUAGUCCAUACAGUGGACGCACUCGACGUUUCAGCAAAGGGGUUUGGUCUUGGUCUUACAGGGCAAGCACAGUUCAUGGUGGCUCUUUUGCACAAGCAGGAAUCUGAGGAGUCCCUGGCUAGCACAGGAAAAGAGGAGUUGGGCAGUCAGGAGGGCUCAUCCUGGCUGUAGUAAGAUUAUUUUUCAGUUUUCGAUCAUUAAAGCAGAAAGAACUUCGUAGCACGCCAUCUCACGCUCUCUGAAAUGGCUGGUUCGGUUUUUGUUUGCACUGGUUAUUGAUGCCCAACUUCCAUGUCUACUGGCGAGAAUGACACCUGACCGUAAGAUUUGGCAUAACCCCUUCCUUUUUAAAAUACUUCCAUUUCCUCAGCAGGAACCUAUCUGUUUGGCCAAUUUUCAAUCCACGUUCAAGGAGAGUAAAUGGCAAUUGUCUUAGAUUUGCAAGCAUAUCCUUGUGUGUCUUUAUAAAAGUCCCAAUUGAAGAGAGGGUCUUCAGGACUGUAGCACCUCUGGCCUAUUUACUGCUCUCUGUUUAGACUAAAACUCAUCAAGGACCCAUUUUUCUGUUCUCCUCCCAACUUGUGCCUUAACUGUCCCAUUUGCUCAUGUCAUCACCUGGCUUUAUGACAGAGCAGUGGGAAUCUCUUCCAAAUAAACUGUGCUUGAGUGCGGCAUCACAGUUUCCUUUACAGCUGACUCCUGAUAUUAAAAUGUCAGUCUGACAUUCUUACAUGUUUGUCCCAUAUAAAACUACAGCUAACUGCCCUGCAGCAUUGAAGCAGUAUUCCUGUUUAGAAGGACCUGUUAUGUACUUGUAGGGUUUGCUAAAAUGUCAAUGGACCUCAUAGCUUCUGUGAUUCAAUAGUAGGGUGUAUUCCUGCAGCUCCCCUCUGGGGAACACAGCCCAGCAAAAGGUCAGCAUGAGGAAGCCGGUCUCAUGGAAAGUUGAAGCCUUAGUUGAUUUCAGGGAAAAGCCACUUUCUCCAAUGGGGAGCAAGUUCCAGAUUUUCAUCCCAGUUUAAUGUUGUUCCUUAGGGGCAGGCAGCCAGGAUCUUCAUUGAUGUGUGGCAGAAUAGUCCACGGAGGGAACAACUUGUCUGGCACCCUGCUUUUUUGGUGCAAUGCAGCCGGAGGAGGGAAGAGUUUAGCAAUGUCCCAUGCCUGCCCCACCCCUGGCUCUUCACACUCCCCUGCCCCUCCUCUGCUUUGGGGCUGCUGGGCAGACCCAGGCCACCAAAUUCCAGAGCUUCUGUUGAAUGCUUAGCUCCUUACACGAGCAGGUUCCAAUCAGAAGUGAUGUGGAAAA